AUGAUAGAUAUGAGAAGUACAUCAUCACUAAGUCUUCAAUCAUUCUCCGGAGGAAAUUCCAAACUGAUGACUUUUGAUCAAUUUACGGAACAUUUCAAGCAACCAAAAUUGAUUUAUCAACAUGCCUCUGAUGUUGUUCAAGUGUUUCAAUACACAGAAAAUACACCAGCCUCGCCAAGUUGCUUGGUGUUUGUUCACCACGGAACAUUAUUGCAAACUGGAAGACUUUUCAAAAAGUUGAUUGACAACAACAAAUUAAUGCCUAAUGUGAUUUCGUAUGAUGAAGCCUACAAAGAUGAAGAAGAAUAUGAUGCUACAUAUUAUCUCAUAUGCAGAGACUCCAAUGUCAUGAAUACCUAUCAAUCACAGCAGUUAAAAACAUUGGAGGAUGUUUUUACGGACGUCAAUGCUGUGAAUUUACUGAAUGAUUUUGGAUUUUUGAAGCAUAUUCUUUUAGACGUGGCAAAUGGUUUGAGACAAUUGCACCGAUCGGAACUAACUCACAACAAUUUAUAUUCACACAGUGUUUUGCUAGUCAACAAUAGAAGCUAUGAUGGCACCUCUAAAUAUCAAGCCAAAAGAGCUAUUCUCCAAUUUCCUGGUAUUGGUAUUUCAUACAUCCUUCAUGUAGGAAUUGAUUUUAAUUAUGCUCCCGAAGUUACUCAUCACACAGAGUUCUCUAAAGAAAAUGAUGUUUACAUGUUCGGUUUACUAAUUCUCAAAAUGUUGACAAUGAGAGACAUCAACCCACAUUCCGAAAAUUUUGAAUGGAAAGUCGAUGUUCAAGAAAAAGUCACUGCAAGAUUUGGGGCAAAGGCAUCAUCGACCUUUAUCAGAUCACUCCUUACAAUUGCAAAAGAGUGUAUUCUAUCUCAAUUUAGACCAUCUUCUGAUCACCUAGUUUCUCGAUUAAAUUCCCUUUCAGAACGGGACGAACCAUCAAGACAUCACAAAGUACAUGUAGAGGAAGAAUUGGAAGAAUAUCACGACAGCUUUGCAUCAUUGGGGAAUGGUGAGUCUCAUUAUUUCCACUCUGGAGCUGACAGCCCUCACUUGGCAGGAGAGGGAGAAGAUUUUCAAUUGCAUAAUUUUGAAUCCGUUGCUCAGGUUGUAAUAGACAUGGACGAAGAUGAUGAAGAAUCAGAAACACUGAGCGCUGAAAUGUUUGAUCGAAGGAAAAGCAGUAGAUAUUCCUCCGUAAAUAUCAGUAUGAAAGAUCCGCUGAAUGACAAACAACAAAAAGCUAAUCUUAUUGAAGAUGAAAACACCGCCAAGCUAACAGGUAUCAGAAAGUUAUUUGCAUGCUUCCUUUGUGGUGGAAGAGAUAGCAUUGAUAAUGACUCCAAUAGAAUUGAUCUAUAUGCAACUCCUGCCAUAGAUCAAGGUCAACAAAAUGAUUUACCUGAUAAUUUACUGGAAGGUAAAAAGAAGAGAGAAACGCUAUUUUGCGAACGAUUAUUGAAAAGAAAUGCUUGUGGAUCAAUAAUUUUGGUGAAAGACGAAAGAACAAGACAUAAUAUGGCAAUGAAAAAAUGUACUCUUGGUAAUGAGGAGUUCUAUGAGAGAGAGAUUAAGGUAUUAAAACAAAUGAACAACAAAUAUAUCUCAAAGUAUAUCGACAGCUUUGAUUACACUGAUGAAGAUCAUAUCACAGAUCACAUAUCCAAGCAUAUUGUACUACAAUAUUAUUCGACUGGAGACUUAAUUGAAUGCUUUUUGAGAAAAAAACCUAGAAUUGUUUUGACUCCGGUAUUAUUUUCCAAAAUACUUUGUCAGUGCUUUGAAGGUCUCAUAUACUUGAAUGAGAAUGGAUGGGUUCAUGGAAACAUCAACCCUGGAAACAUCCUUUUAGAUGAAAAUUUGAACAUUGUUUUCUCUGAUUUUGCAUUUUGUUUGAGGAAAGAUGAGAAAAUUCCAUUCACAGUUAAAAGUGAUUAUUCAGCACCAGAAUACAAGGUGUCCUCAAUGGCCAAUCCUGCCUCAGACGUGUUCAGCGUUGCCUCCGUCAUGAUUGAGCUUUUACUGUAUCACAAAAUUGAUAUCAAAACACUCAAGACACAGAAUAUGACACUCAUUGAUGCGUUGAGAGUUGUGCUUGGAAAUGAUAAUUAUUCAAACAAGUUCUCUCCACUAUUGAAUCAUCCAAAAUUAGAGAAGAACAUUGGAGAAAUUUUAAGAGAUGCUACCGCUUUAGAUGUACAAAAUCGGCGUACUGCCUCCCUUAUUUACAAGGAUUGUGUCACCUUGAAGGAACAAAUUGCAGCUAUUUGUAUUCAAAAAUUCCUUCGUGGCUAUAAGGUGAGAAAACAAUAUAAAGAUAAGCUUCCAAAGAGGGAACGAAAGCCAAAUUCCAUUCAAACGAGAAGAGAAGCCCGCAGAAUCAAGGCCAGCCAAAGCAAUUAUGCCAUUAGCUCUAUUUCAAAGAGUGGAAUAAGCUCGUAUGGAAGUGGUAUUACAAGAAGCUCUACAAUCAGUACGGACAUCAGCAGAAAUUUAAACCCAUCCAUAUCUCGAAGCACAAGUAAUUACGAUGGAAUAAGCAAGUUUGUGUUGUAA